AUGGAGGCGUUUGCUUCUGCAGUGCCGGAGCCCUUAUCUCCCACGAAGCGCCGAAAAAGCGGACUGGCAAAAACCUGUGAAGGACUUCUCUGCAACGCCAUCAAAUAUUUUCCUCUUGCUUUUGUAUACGGAUUUACAACGUGGGCGGUAUGGGUAGAGGCUGGAGUCAGUAUAUACCACACAAGGAGCUGGUGGAAAGGUACGCCUAUCCCUAUCCAUAUAAGAUAUCUCUUUGACAGAAGAUUAAACAAGGCUACAGGGACAUUGGGCAGCAUUUUUGGAAUCUCUCUUUACCUUCUGAUGAACACGUCGUAUACGGUUGCGGUCUUUACCGACCCCGGAACACCCCUAAAAACCUCCUCACACAGCCGAUCUAGGCAUCAAUACAGCUAUCUCCCAACUACCGAAGACCCUGAAUAUAGCUCUGUCACGGUGAACUCCAUGGGAGAACUGCGCUACUGCAAGAAAUGUCGGUGCCGGAAACCAGAUCGGACACAUCACUGCUCAACUUGCGGACGCUAUGCGCAAUAUAUGGAACGGUUUUUGCCGGUCAAUGUGAUAAUACUGGCCGUUGUUUCGGGAAUGAUGUCUCUGGUGUUAAGCGGCUUUACAGGUUGGCAUAUUAGUCUCUCGAUCCGCGGAUUGACGACUAUCGAAUGUUUAGAGAAGACAAGAUAUUUGGCGCCGGUCAGGAAGACGUUGGAUCGGCAGAGGAGAGAAUGGCAGCACCACCAGCCAGACGCUCAAAACAUGGGGGCGACCACGAAAGAUUUCGGCAGAACCCUUCAGAGCUACGGGCAGCAGUUUAUUGAUAUGCAUGCCAAUGCGAUCCCGGGCGUCACUCGCGCUGAAGAAGGCGAGGAACGCUCUUCGCCUACAAUAGGAACGAGAAUCCCAGACCCAAGACACCAGCACAACGACUACAACCCUGACGAGCACUACGAGCAAUACCAAACACCGGCUCAGCAAUCUCUUUUUAGAUCUUACGGAGAACUCGAUAGAGCCCGGGAGCACGAUAGGUAUGAAGAAUACCUAGCGGAGUGCGACAGUGAGAAGCUGCCCCAUGCAUUUGACCUCGGGUGGCGAAGGAACUUACUACACCUCUUUGGACCAAAUCCCUUUCUCUGGCCCAUCCCGAUAUGCACCACUAUCGGCGACGGAUGGCGCUGGGAACCUAGCAGCAAAUGGCAGGAAGCCAAAGCUAGGGUUGAACAACAGCGACACCAGAGGUGGGAAGAAGAACGUCUCCAACGCCAACAGUUCUGGCAGCGAGCGGCAAAAACAAGCCGGUCCCUGCCAACUACAGCCCUGCAUCACUCCUGGCAUGCCUCUGAUCCUCACCCGGGAAAUUCAUGGACUGGAAGGUUCAACAGUACGGGAAAUAUGAAAGCAUCACCUUAUAUGGGAAGCAGUGUCGAAGACCGGCCAUCUACUGGUGUCUCGAUGAAAACGUUACGACCAAUCUCCCCUCGUCCUCGUCCUGGAGAAAGGGAGGAAGACAUUGACGAAGCUUCCGAUCGUUACAGUAUGAGUUCUGACGAGGCUAGCGAGCAGCAUGCUCUUGUAGCAAAUAAUAAUACUAAACAAGCCCUCCCUAACGGUACUGCAAAAGGAAUGAGGGAGGAAUGGGUCAACUGGGAUUGA